AAGCUUAGGACACAAAGUCCCUCAGGUAACACAGAGCCGGCCGCUCACUAACCGCCUCCACCGGGACAAUAAGCAGAAGAUGGAUAACCGAACACCAGAGUGAAACGCGACAAUCCUUGCCACUACCCUCGGAUCCACUAGGGCACUAAGAUGCCAAAAAGCGACACCUGGCCAGGUGGCGUUGGACUGGAGACGAUGACCGGCAUGGACAGUGCUGGCAGCUGUGACAGCGUUGUCAGCGCUAAUUCAGCCUUUAGUGAUGAUAGUCUGGAGCACUUGUCUGCUGAAGAAAAGGCCUGUCUCAUGUUUUUGGAGGAGACUAUUGAGUCUUUGGACACUGAGGAGGACAGUGGACUGUCCAAUGACGAACCUGACCGACUGCCCAGCCCUGGCAUCCUCGCUACCAAACGGGCCGAGCUGUCAGCCUCCAUGAGCAAACACAAGCUCAACGGUUCACAGAAACUUGCCUCUGUGGAACACAAAAAGGAAAAUGUUGACACCAAACUCAUGCUGAGCUACCUGGUUCCUACACCUUUUGUUCUGGCAAGCAGCUCUCCGUGUUCUGCAACCAAUGUCAAGCUGAGUGUCCCUCCAGAUAAAAACAUCAGCUCUAAGCCUCACGUCACUCCUUCAAGCAACAAGCCCGAUCACAAACACACCCGGAAACCUGUCGCUCCCCACGUACCAUUAAAGGUUAGUUUUGUGAUACCUCCUCCCACCAAACCCAGGGACUACUCAGUUAGGACAGCUGAAGGUUUACCCAGAGGUCCUCUGUCCUAUGAAGCACUUGUUCAUCUGCGAAGAAGUGCCUCCACAAAGAAAACGCCUCUAUGUCCCACAAUUGAUCAUACUAUAGAGUUGGACGAGCACCUUCCUGUCACAGUGGAAGGCCCAAAACUCGGAAAUCUGCUAGGAUUUGACAGAUCCCACUCAAAGGCCUUUAAGUCUAAGACAGGUCCUCCGGUCGUGGCCCCCAAACCAAAAACGAUUCCUGCCAACAUAGCUGUGAAAACAAAAAAUGAAGCAUCCAUAACCUCAGACUCUUCAUACAAUUUGAAGAAUGCAACAGAUCCCCAGGUCGUGAGAUUGGAAGCUUUGCAGAAGCUGGGUCUCCUUAAAGACCAACAUCCAGAUGUUGAGACAGUAGCCCCGUUGUGUCCCCCUAAAUCUCACUCCUCUCUAGACCACACAAGAUCUACUAGAGGUCCAUCUAAUGGUAAUCCAUCAAGAAGCCCAUCGUUUUGUCAUUCUAAAGUGCCCACAGAGCCCAAAACCAAGCCUCUGCAGAACAGUGCCAGUUUCCAUCACUACUCCAGACGAGACCAACAGCAUGUGUCUGUAUCUGAUCCGUCUCAGCCCAGUGGAUUGAAGGUAAGUGGUCUGGAGCGCUCUGCUACCCUGGACAACCACAGAAGCGGUGGAAACUGUCAGCCUGUACCCCGCAAACACGCAAACUCAGUGGGCUAUACGGUGAUGGUGGUGCCCGGGAUGGGAGCCGAUCGAAAAGAAGCACUCCGAAAGCUUGGACUGCUCAAAGACUAAAACAGGUCAACAGCAGUCCGCCUGCCAGAGUACCAGCCGCUUAAGGAGAGUUAAAGCAUUACGUGGGAACUUGGCACCUUGGAAAACUAAAGCAGAAGAGGAUGAAGAGAGGAGGACAAAUUUAAAGGGCCAGACCAGGACUUUUAAUAUAGGUUUUAAUACAGGAGACUGGACUUACUCCGAUUCUCCAUUGGGCACGCUGUGCUGAGUUCCGGUUUUGCUCACGUGCCAUACCACACCUGGAGUGUCUCAGAAGGGUCUCGCAGAUUUUACUGUCUCGACAAGUACUUAACAGAAGAAUCACGUGUUUAUUAAGCUAGUAUCUACCUUCCACUCCAAGCACUCCUGCAAUUAAACUCCAUGCCUUCUCCUUUCUGGUGUGGCCCGUAAAAAGAAAACUGUGAUAUCUAUUAUGUUUUUCAACCUCCAAGAUUGUUGUCUGUGGCGUUGUAGAAGACAUAAAAGAUAUUGGGGGGGGGGGGUCUGUGGUGAAUUGACUGGGUUGUCCCGCUGUUUUACUUCCUGCUUGGCUGUUCGAGAGCCACUCCACGAACGCUUCUGGGAUGCGCUGUGGCACGGCUGGUAGGAUAUCAGGCAUUGAGGUGAAUGGCAGUGAUUGCUUGCAGGGCCCGUGGCGUCUCUGGAACGCAGCGUAGACGCGCCCGGUGGACAAUAGGGGACAAUUGCGUGAGACUUUUUUUUCCAAGUUCCAACUAUUGUUGCUCUGUAGGUUUUAAUCUGAAAAUUUCUUUUAGAUACGACUUGACAAGACCCAAUAGGACCCCUAACGAUCCUAAGAGUGCAUACGACUAGGUUGCUGAAUAUUAAAAAUAGAUUUCUGCAUUAACACACGUGGCUGUAAGAAAUGAUUUGUCUGAAUUCGACAAUAAAAAUAACAUUUUAGAUACUGAAGCCAGCCAUAGUGUGGUUUUCAGUUAAUCUCAUUCCUUCCUCAUUAUACUGGGCAUCACAUGCUGCUCCACUGUAAUUCUACUUUAAGGAAACAUCAACUCAAAUCAACAGAAUUGUUACAUUAUUGAUUGUUUCAUAACUCACAGAUGUGCCUACAAGUGGAUUGUUGAGUACAUUUCUUGGAGCAUAGCCUCAAAAUAAAAUCAUAAUUAUUGUAAAACCAAAUAUUGAAGUGUUUUGGGUUGAUUUUUCAGUGUUUUCUAAGCUUGAGACGCAAUCAGCAGUCAUUAUUAUUGAGAUCUGAGGCAUACCUAACAACAUUAGGAUGGGAACAAAGGCGAGGUUUAUGGGGAAUCGGCAAAUGACUCACUCUAAACGCCUUCAUACACCACAGAUGGAAAGGACUUGUUACUUUAAAUAGUCUUAAAUUCAUAGCUCACAGUGAGAAAAAAAGUCUGCAUCUCUCAAAUUUACAUCACAAAGGCUAAGGUGCGAAUGUGUGCGUAUAUGUGUGUCCAGGACAUUUUCAGUGUGUCGCAGUCCAGACUGGGUUGACAGGUACCACGAUACUAUACUGUUUUCCCAAUCUAUAAUAUGGUAACACAUGUCCCACACAACACCUGAAACACACCCAUUUGAUUUGUGUAUCACUAUGAGAUUUGUGGGAGAAAUGACCAAAAUGGGGGAUAUAUUGCGGGACAAAGGCCAGAACCAAUGAAAAUCAGGAGUGUUUGAAGGUAUGCUGAUGUAUCAAUAGCUUUUGAUUUGUUUCUACUAUUUUAUGGUUCAGACGGCUU